GGGAUGAUUUGACCUUGAACUGCAAUACAUACAUCCAAGAAUCAAACCUGGGAUAUAUUUGGACUAAGUAAGACUAUAAUUAUCUUUACAACUUAUACUUAUAUAUAUUUAAAUUAAAAAUUACAGUUUUCAUAAUCAGAAUCACAUUGUCAUGAUUGGGACUCUUAAAAAAACAACAUACGAUAUAUUGACCUACUUUUGAUGUUUAUAAUCAUUUUUCCUAUUGAAUAUGUAAAUUACAAAGUUAAAUAAUAAUUACGAACUAAAAAUAAUAAUUAUUUAAAAACGCUUUUAGGUUUAUGUGCACUUGCCACUUGUGCUUGAUGUUAGGAAUUUGACACUAACCACGAUUUUAAAAUACUAACUGUUUUCCAUAUCUUAAUAAUUUUCUACCAAUACUUAGGUUUAAAAUAUCUAAAGCAAAAAUAUAUAUUUUUUUUUAAUUUUCAUCUUCAUACCACGCCCUGCACCCACCCAAAAUUUAUAGUGACCAUUUUUUUCCUUCUAAUUUGAAAACAUGACAUUUUAAAUAAUAAUAAAAUUCUAAACCAGACCAUUUAAAAAUUAAAAUCGUUAUUUUGCAACAGGCAACAUAAUAACGAACCACAUAAUAAUAUGCCAAAAAAAUAAACAAUUGUUUGAUAAUACUCGUCUUAAAGGGGUGUUCUUUUGAAAAAAGUAUUUGAAGAUGAUUAUAUUUUUUUUUCAAAUUUGUUUUAUUUAUUUAUGCCUGUAUAUUCAAUUUUAAUGUCGGCCUACUUGGACUUGAUCUUUAUUCUUUGUUAAUUUUAAAAAAAAAAACAUUGUUGUCCAACAAACAAAAGUCACACACACAAAAGAGACAACUAAAACGAAGGCAAGGCCAAGAAAUACCAAUAAUAUUGCCAAUGCCAAUAUUAUUGAAUAGUUAUAGACGAUAAACUGAUACUGAUAGACUUAUAAUUAUAUUAUAUUAAAUAAAUUAUAGUAUUAUUAUAAAAUACUCAUUUAUUUAAUUAGUGGGCCUACAGCCUACGGGUUAAAACAGUACAGCUGAGUAUGAGUAGACAAUAACAAUAAUAAGUGCUGUAACUUGAAACUGUAUUUUAAUAUUUAAAUUAAAUAAAGUCAUUAAUUCUCAAAUAAAAUCUAAAGUAAAUAAAGGGAAAAUGUAGUUAAAGUCAUUACUUAUUAAAUCUAAAGUAAAUAGAGGCUAAUCUCUUAUACUUAUUUUAUCAAGGCAUUGGUCUUUGGUAUCAAUACUAUCAGUGAUCAGUGUAUUCAACAAAAAUUAUUGAUUAUUAUUAUUCAUAAUUUAUGCUAAAAACAUAAAUAUAAAAUUAUUUAACCAUUUCAUAGACAUUGCAUGCCAUUAUACGGCUCUAAAACUAUUUGAACAUUUGCUUAAAAAAAAAAAAUUAAAAUGUAUUUUUUUAUUUUUUUUAUUUAAAUCUAGGAACAAUGAUGUUCUUAGCAGUGCUAAUCUUCAGACACUGAUUAAGACCAAUCUCUCAUCAAGUGAUGCUGGAGUAUAUAAAUGUGCUUUCAACAUAUAUUUAGAUAAAUUUACCUCUUCAAAUAGUGAUGGUUUUUUUGUUUUGUGUAAGUAAUAAAAACAGAAUAAUACUUGCCUCAAAUAUUUAAAAAAAAUUGAUAUAGGAACAAUCAUAAUAAUUCUGAAUUAUUCAUAUCAGAAAAGCUUGUUAGUUUAUGUGUGAAUAACAAAUAUAAUAUUUUUUUGUUCUGCUAACAAUCUAUUCUUAGUUGCUGCUCCUGAAAGCCCUGCUAUUGAAGCUUCUCCAGGAAAUGUAAGCCAUGGAUCAUACUUGAGCAUUAGAUGCACUGCCAAUCAAACAACAUUAUUUGGAUCUGAAUGGUAUGCAAGGGCAGAAUACAUUCAUUUUUGUUUUAUCCGUUAAUAUCAUCAUUCUGUUUUGGUCAAUUUUAGCCCACGCUCCUCCCUCUAUUGUCAAAAAUUGGCACAAAAUUGAUACAUUUUCAUAACACAUCAUCAAAGAUUCCCCCCUCAAUUCAUGACUUAAUCUAUAUAUGACCCAGUACAAGAAAUUUAUUUGGCCUUUUUGGGGUCAAGAGGAGUAAAAUGUAAUGUUGACAGCUGUAGCCUUAAUUUUUUUAUGAUUUCUCAACCUUUUCCCCAGCUCUCCAUCUGCAUCUUCCACUAACAUAUGUUAUUUGAAACAGGGGUCCCAAACCAACGGUAACUAUCCUUGGCCUAUCCGGAACUUGGAGCACAGAGACACAGAGUGGGAGUUUUAAGCAUUUUGAUCAAACACAAAACACCCAACCCCGGUCCUUUGAAAAAUUAUCUUCCACAAAAAAGUUUCCUUCCGAAAAUAGUUUUUGGGACCAUUGACUUAAAGGAUGAAGUUAAAGGUUGAGAUACUGUAAAAUUAUUUUUUAUUUUCUUUGCCCUCAACCCCCACUUGCCCUUCUUACUCAAUAGGCCUCACAACUUAACUGCCAAAUCCCCUCCCCCAUAUCCCCUAUCCCUAAAUCUGUCACACCAUGUUUUUUUGUUCUGGGUUGGGGGAAUAGGAGAGAUUUUGGCUCUUGUCUACAGCUACAUUGGAAGGCUUCUUAUACACAAUGUUACUCUCCAAUUAUAAAAAAAUCUUUCAUGUUCUUCAGUUUGACAAUGAAUUUAUUCCUGUAAUAAUUUUCAACAUACAAAUAAAUUUUAAAUAUAAUUAUACAAACAUACUUCCUUCUCUAAAUUGGUUGGUUGGGCUGGGAAGGGGUUGAUAGAUGAUACAGUCCAUAUGACUCAUUCUUAACAAAAACGCAAUAAGGUCGAGACUUUGUUCACUUCUUACCUGUUAAGUUUAAUAUUUCCUCAAAAAGCCUUAAUAGGUUGACUGUUCAUGUUUCUUUUCAAUUAGCUUUUUAAAAAGGAAAACACCUUACAUUUUCACAGGUCUUUUCUGUAUCACAAUGGCAUCAAGAUAGCAAAACAGAAUUCAAGCUAUGGUUAUUCAUAUUACACACAAAAUGCACUUUAUAAAAGUGCAGGAAAUUACACCUGCACUUUCUCUAACAAAAAAGGAGAGUCCGAACAGAGCAGUCCUGUUUUUGUUAAUGUCACAUGUAAGUAUUUGUAUCAGUUAAAGGACAGUGCCAAACACCUUCUUAUUUUGAAGGUAAACUUAAAGCAUCCAGGGUGCUGCUUUAUUAACAAAUUAUCUCAUGUUAUUUUAUUUAAAUACAAUUUCUAUUAAUACCGUUAGAUUCCCGCAGGGAGUAAGACACAGAAGAAAAUCAUUUGGGGUCCAGUUUUUGGUAAACCCUUAAUUUUUUGGAAGGAUGUUCGCAAUAACACACACUACAAACACCCCCCACUCCCCCCCCCCAAAAAAACAGCAAAAAACAAUUGGUCAUUCCUCAGUUAGGUGGAAUGACAUGUUUCAAAUGACUUAGAAAAGUCAAAAUUAAUAUGAGAAAUCCUGAGGGGAACCUAUUUGGAUGAAAUCUGGUGACAUGAUGUUCAUGGUUUUAAAGUAUAAAACAAUGUCGGAGCUAUCACAGAAUAACAUAUUGGGGAAGUUAUUAGAGACUCAGAAAUUCCUUAUCCUCCACAGUAGCUUACACAGUUGUAUUUUUCUAUUGUUAAUCAUAAUAAAUUAGUUUACCUUGAGUAUGUAUAUAUAAAUUUAAAUUUGUUUAGAACAGUGUGAUUAGUGAAAAGAAGCAAGCUAAGAUUCAGUCAGCAAGUUGUUAUAAAUAAAAUUUAAAGUUUCCACAUCAGUGGGUUGUUUCAUGCAUGAAUAAUUUCAAAUAAAUUUAAGAGUGAAUUCUAUAGAACAGUGUUAAUUUCAAUUAUAACAAAAAAAUAGAUCAGACCAACUGAUAAUUGAGUCAAUGAUUAUGAUAUCAAUGAUUAAAUAUAUAGGAUUAAAACACUUCUCUGUUUUACAGCAUGGAUUCCUGGAGACACAUCAUUACCCAGAGAGUCUCAAAUUAGGGUAUAUAAUGAGAAUCCUCAAAUAUAUUGCCAACAAACAUCUUACUUUAGGAACAUACAGUAUUGCACAUUAUAUGUUGGUGACAUAAGGUAGCUAUUUCACAAUUUAUAUUUAUUUUAAAAUUAUUUAAGUUUUAAAACGACACAUUUUUAUAAACAAGACAAAUUCCUACAAUGUAAAAAAAAAUUAAACAAAAAUAUAUAUAUAUAUAUAUUUAAAAAUCUAAACAUUCAAAGUUCAGUUCAGGAAUGUUAAUUUAUUGAAAGUAGAUAGUUUGCUAGAAGGGUCCUCAAACUAUGACUUCAGAUCCUAUCUUGUAGGACUUAAAAAAAAAAAAUUAAUUAAUUUGUGUGUUUCUUAAACAUUUCAAAGUACAUGCUAUAUUAAAACACCAAAAUACUCAUAGUUAAUUGAAAUACAAAAUUUGCAGGGCCCUGUGUUAGUAGUCGUUUUUGAAAAUGGGUGUUGAUAUAGUCAUUGAUCUACAUUAUUUAUUUUGAAGAAAUCACUUUAAGUAUUGCUUAUGAAACUAAAAAAAUUAAUUAAAAUAUUUACUUUUUGGGUAUACUUGAAAGGACCCUGCAAGACAGGACUAAACAGUUUAUGCUAUUAAAAUUAUAACUCUUUUAUUUUCCAUGCUCUGAUUUUGAUUUGAAUGGUUUAAACUUUAUUACCAUUUGCAGAUAUGUUGAUGAUCAAGACUGCAGUUUUUUACUCCCUCAUGGUGUGACUGGUACUUACAGAUGCUCUGCAAGUAGCACAGAUGGCACUGGACCAAUGAGUAAUGACGUAAACGUAACUUUCAUUGGUAAGUUGGAUGGGCAGAUUUAAUGCGUGCUGAAAAAUACUUGAGGCCGUUGAAAUACAUUUUUAAAAAUAAAAUGUUUACAAAUGUUUUACCCUAGUAUCUGCAACACACAGUUAUUUUGGUGCCAUCUCCCUGAUAAUAAGAUCUGUACAAAUUCUACUUCAUCAGAUUUAAAAAAUGUAAAUAAAAAUAAUUAUGGUCUAUUAGAAUUGUAAUGGCACAAUUCAUGUAACUGUAAGAAAGAACAACCCCCCCCCCCCCCCCCCCAGGUGGUUAACACCUGAGGACAGGGAAAGAAUACCUACAUUAUUUUUUGUGAAAUUAACUAGAAAUAGUCAAUCUUGUGGCAGCAAAUUGAUAUCUACAAGCUGUGACUAAUGUAAAUGGCACGCUUUAUCCUUGCAGAUUAAAAUCCACAGCUCCAAGAACAAUUAAUUUGUUUUCUUACACACAAACUGGUCUUCUGGACUACAUUUUAACAAUUUCAUAAUAUUCUUUGAAAGAGACCUCAAUGAAAUUUAUUUUUUUUCAAAUUAACCUUUUUUAAAACUUUUCUUAUUUUAUUAUACAUUUUUUUCCACAGAAAGACCUGUGAUUGUGCCUAUUUCCAAUGGUCCACCUGUUAUCAACCAAAUUUACUCACUCCUCUGUCUUACAACCAUUGAUGGAGGCAUUAUCACAUGGUACAAGGAUUAUGAUUCUUACUACCCACUUUCCAGUAACAGCACAUUGGAUGUCCUUGUCCUCAACUCACAAGCAGUCUACAGAUACCGCUGCAAAGUUCAAUUUGCCAACAGUUUUAUGUUUUCUGAUACAUUCCAAUUUUAUGGUAGGUUCUAAAGGAAGAAUAGAAAGAAAUAAUUAAAAAUUCUUCAAUGUAUGGUAGUUCUUAGCUUUCAAAAAUAAGCCCUUAAUUUAAACUUGUUAAUCAAAAUGAUUCAUGGUAAUUGAUUUUUCUUUUAGUUUUAACUAAAUUUAUGUAAAACCAUAACACUAUAAUUUAUCAAGAGUAAAAUGUUUUCACAUUUCAUUAGACACAGUGGAAUUGAUUUCAUGCUUACGGAUUAACAUCAAUAUAAUUAGUCUUACCUUGAUCUAAAAUUUCAAUAAAAAAUCAUACAAAUCACUGCUUAUAAAUGAGAUGUGAUCUGAUGAAUUACCUGGGUAAUUGAAAUUACUGAUAAAAUGUCAAAGAAAAUGAAAGUAAUUAAAAGGAAAUUUCCAUUGAUUUAGUAACCAAAUGUCACCAAAAAAACAAAAUAGGUAAACUACUGUUUUGUACUGUUAUAUGGUUUUUCAAAUUUAAUGUUUUAAGAUUUGGCUCGUCAGAUAACAAAUACAUAACAAAGGACUGAAAAGCAUUAUACAAAGAAAAACUAUACCAAUGGUAGUGAUAUAUACAAUAUUUAAUUCAAUUAUACAAUUAAAUUUAUACAAAAUCAAAUAUGCAGAAAUAAAAACUAUACUAAUUUACAGCAGACCUAUUAAGGCUCAUACUAUGUCUUGUGUGUAGGAAAUCUAGCAAAUCUCUUCCGGCUGGGAAAGUUGCAGGCUUAUUCAUAAGGAUGAAAAGAAAUUCUAGAAAUUACAUCACUGGUUAGCAUUCUUUUGAACAAAUUAAAACAAAAACAAUCUUUUCCCAAUCAAGGGAGGGGUGGGUAAAGGUAGAGCACUAAACACUUUAUCAUUUACGUCCAUAUCAAAACAAAACAGUGGGGAGAUAAGUGGUGGAUGCUGCAGCUAUACAUUGAAGCAAAAAUUAGGUCAACACUCUGAACACAACAUAAUGUAAAUCUUGUUAGAAGCAAAUAGAAUGGUAAGGGGGAAUUUACACGAAACUUGAACAAAAAAUUUGAGCCUAUAUUAUAAAUAUGAUGUCAAUAUUGAACCAAUAUUUGAUCUUGGGGCUGCACACAUUAUACCCUUGCUUUUACCAUUCAAGUAAUUAUUUGGUAAAUUGUACAGUUACUCUUCUGCUGUUUGAUUGCAGCGGCUGUGCCCGAUACCCCCAGUUUCAGCAGAAAGGAGAAACAGCCAACUUUGAUUUCAUUCAACAGAAACAUUACAAAUUUCAACUGUUACAGCAGCAAUGCAGAGACAGUUUCUCUGUAUGCCAAUGGCGUCAAGGUGUCAACAAAAUUAAUCAGCAAUUCUACUUUUUAUGUCGCCAACGGCGUCAGUGUCGGAGUUACUUACACAUGUGUGGCCUCAAACAAAGUGGGGGACUCAAAUUUCAGUGUACCCAUUUACCUGCCUGCUCAAAGUGAGUAUGUAAAAAGGCUUACCGUGAAGAUAUCAUUGAUUUUAAAUGUUUCAUUUUAAUGCAGUUAAUUUUAAUUUUUUUUCCAUACCUGUAGUAUUUUAUGUAUCAUUCUUCAAUAAAAUUCAGUUAACUAAAAAUAUUUAAUAAAUUUCAAGAUUAAGGCUAACAUAAAACAUUUUGUUAUUCGAAUCUUGAAAUUAUGCCGUGCUCUUACAGGAGCUGAUUUCAUCCUGAAUAUAUUUCACCCAUACUUUUUGUCACCUCUCACAGUCCACAAUACCGUAAAUUCAUAGGACUGAUUCAGCUCAAUGCUAUGAUUUAUAUAAAGUUUGAUAAUAAUUUUGUUAAAAUCAAACUGACCUUUUAUAGUGUUGAAUAAAUGUAACUAUAAUAUACUUUCAUUGUCGGUCAUGAUACUUUCAUCACAAUUUGCACUUAAAGUAAAAUAAAGUAAAAGCUAACUAUGUGUCAUAUUUCAUCUUUGUCUGAAUAAACUCCUAAUAAAGUCACACAUUAAAUUUAUUUAAAACUGACUUUUUCUCAUGAGUGUGAAAUACACUUUGUUGCACCUCUGACAUGAAAAAAAAGGAAAUUAAUCCUCUUUUCUUAAUUUAUCUUCAUUUAUAAAAUUUUGCUUUGAUCUUUUCUUGCUGCGUUAUAAAAAGAAAAAUUCUUGACAGUAAGAAAAGAUGUUUAAAGGCUCUAUCUUUGCCAGCCUGACUGAAUUUGGUAUGUGGCUAUUUAUUUGCUCAAAGUGUGGAACAAACCUGAUCUUUCUCUGUGGAUGCUCAAAGUUUUAAAAAAAAUUUUUUUUAACAAUCCAGUAAUUGAAAAAACCAGAAGAAUUGAGUUUAGCUAGUUCAUAUUCUUCUGAAACAAGGGUUCCAACCAGAGGUACUGGUACCGCUGGUGGUAUGCGCAGAACCAUAAAAAUUCUAUUGAUACUGUUGAAAAACUGUUGUUUAUUUUUUUUUAAGUGUAUUUUCUUGAUACAAUAGAUUUACUAGAAGCAAUAUUUCAAACUAUACCUGUAUAUUAUCAACAAAUUUUAUCCAAAAACCAUAUUUUGAAAUUAAAUUAAUGAUUAGAACACCAUAUUGUUGUAUUUAAGCCAAAGUUGAUAGUUUUUAUUGAUGUUCUCCUCUUUAUUUUUGAGAUUCGUUGUAGCUACGUUAUUUGUAAAGAAAAAGAAAUUGAAAUAACUUGUGAAAUAGAAUAUUUAAGCCUAAAGUUAUCAUAGCUUGAUCUGUUUCAAUUAUUUAUAUAGCUAAUCUAUUUUUAAACCUUUUUGUAGGAGGGGGGUCAAGGGAGUUGGCAGGGGCAGGGUACUCAUAUAUGAAAAGUCUAGGCAAGAGUUACAGGAGAAGAAAAAAAAAAUAUUUAGGAACCGCUGUUCUAAAAUAACAAAUGCAGAAACUGUUCUUUUUUUUUGCUAAACUCAUCCAUUAGACUUAAAUACGUUGAUUUUGAUGGAGUAAAUAGUUGUUAAAUGAGAUAAAAAUAGAGCACUGGCCAUUCUACUGCAUAGGAUUUCAGCUAAUAAUGAAUUAUCUCAAUGUAAAAUAAACAUGGGCCUCCUUCUUUAAAUGAUUAUUUUAUUUUAUUGCCUUUAAAAAGAUAUUAGAAACAGUGCUCAUGAUUCUCUAAAAACCCUCUUGGUUUGUAUGUUGCUUAUAAAAAAAAACAAAAAAAAACAUGUUAAUCGUAUUUGUUGUUUUUUUCCCCACAGAUGAAAUUGUCAUUACUGCAAGCAGUGUCCUUACAUCUCUUGGCCAGCCCCUUACAUUGACAUGUACACUGAAGUCUCACAAUCCAAAUGCAACUUAUAACUGGCACUUUUACAAGUAUGGACAAAAACUUUGUGUCUGUUUGUAUUAAAUUGGUUACAAGCAAAGAGGUUGGGGUGUUGAAGGCUGGUAAGAUUUAAAUGAGUUAUAUAAAGAAAAAUAAUUAUUCCAAAUUUUCUUUGUAAAAGUAAUAGGGUAGAUAGCAUUCAAUUUAAAAAAAAAUUUAAACCUAUAGUUUUGAAUGAGACAAUACCAAUAAUGUAAGUAUGACAUCAUGGGUUGGUACUAGGUCUUUAUCUGAAAAAAAAUGUUUCAAUGCCCCUCAAAAUAGUUUGAUUGAUUUUCAACCAGUUUCUGAAAUGUUAUCCUUUGUAAAAAAAAAUUUUGAUCCAGCACCUUAAGCCAACAAGCUGUUAUAGAAGGGAGACAAGUUUUGUCUUUUGAUGCCCUGACAAAGAGCCAUGAGGGCUUGUAUGCGUGCGUCGCGUACAUCAACGCAAUUGAGAUCAUAUCAGAUAACUACUACGUUGUUGCUUGUAAGUCAACCGAUGUAUGUCUUGAGAGGGGAUGGGAUAGACACAUUAUUUUUGUGUGUGCAUUAUGUGGAGUGUUGAGGCGGUCUUGACAAAUGUGUAAAGUUGAGAUAUUACAAUCGUAGAAUCUUAUUAGAUUGGUGUCAAAAUUCCAACAAAAAGGAAUUAAUAAAUUCUGUUCUACUCAGAGAGUGGCCAUAAUUGUAUCUAUUAUUUUAAUAUCAGCAUACAUACAUUGCUAUUAGUUUUUAAUGUCACCCUUGCUUAUUAUUAUUAUAAUACAGCUAACAAUUAAUUUGGGACAUAUUUUUUGCUCUUUAGCCUGGAUCAGAUGUAUAUAUGCAUGUAGUUUUCUUAUAUUAAUAAUGAUAAUUGAUGUCAAUGAUUUUCAAAGUUUUUAUGGGUUUGAAAUAAAAGCAACAUGUUUUUUUUUUUUUAUUUAAUUUUGGAAAUAAAGACGAUUAGUAGAUUCACAUUUUAUAUGAACUUUUACAGAGUAAAAUUAUUUUUAAAAUGCAGGGCUUCAAAAAGCUUGAAGAUUUUAAAAUAGCUUGCUGGGAUGGGGCCUCUGUAUGUGUGCAUAAAGAGAGUGUUUCAAAUGAAUUGUGUGAAAUAAGGGAAUGGGGAAAUAUAAUUUGUUGUUUUCAAAUAUGUUAAGCCUCAACAUACUCUGGUAUAUCUGUUGAUUGCAUUAUUGUAUAUGGAGGAGUCUCCCAGUCAUUGCCAAGAAGUCCACUGCAUGUUUGCUUUCAUUUUUCUUGUCAGUUGAGAGACCCAAUGCACCGGGCAUAAAUGGUCCAAACGGUGGUGUCAUUAACAAUGAACGACCCAGCAGAGCCGUUCGAGAAACUGUUUCCAGUGGUAGUACUCCAAAUACCAAUUUGACAACUUUUGAAUGUUUUGUCAACACUCUCUUAAUUGAUAUUAAAAGUCCAUUCAGGUAAGUAACUUAGUAAUUUAAAAAAUCUUUGUGUUAUAAAAUAUUCUUAUUUUAUAUCUGUAUUAUUAUUUGGCAGGAGAUUCCAUUUUCUAACAUUAAAAUGUCUACACAUAGACUUGAGUGAGAAAUACUAUAAUGGUUAUCUUAAAUUGUAAGUUCAAAAACAAUAAAAUCCUCUGGACCAUACAUUUUAAUCUGAAUCUUUCUUUAUAAAUCCUUUGAGCCAUACAUUUUAUUAAGAAACUAAGUUUUUAAAACCACCUAACCAUACAUUUAAAAAAACUAAAUAUAGCUAGUAUUAAAAUAAAAUACUUUUAUGAAAUUAUUGUCCUCUCUUUGUAAUUGUGGUUUAAUUAGCUUAGUGUAUGAAGAGAUUAAAAAAAAUGGCUACUUGGUUUCAAGUUGUUUUUUCUUUUAUAAAUGGAGAAUCUCAUGGGAAUGUUUUUCUGUUUAUUUUAGACUCUACAAAGAUGGCAAGGAAGUAACGAACGUACCUUUUUCAGAUGAAAUAUGGUUUGGAAAUAUGUUCAAUAUUAGGAGAUUUUAUACGGUGGACUUUGGUACACCUGACAGUGAGGGCAACUACUCUUGCACGGCUAUAAAUUCAUUUGGUGAAUCAGAACCAACAAUCACUGUAUUCAUUUCUAGAGCUCUAGGUAAUUUCAUGAUACAAGCUAUAUUUAAAUAAUAUAAUUGAAACAAAAUGAUUCCCUAUUUAUUUUAUUAGCAAGACUUUACCAAUGACAUUUUCAGACUCAAAAUUAUUCAUAAGAGACAUUUUCCCACUUGCCUCACAAAUUCAAUUUAAUUAUCCUAAUGUGGUGCACAUAAACAGCACUAGUUUUUAAAAAAAUGUGUAGGAAUGGGAAGGAUCAUCUUAAAGGGAGGUUUCGUUAAUAUUUUUUUAAAUAUACUACAGGGGAGCAUUCCCAAUCUGAACUUAAUAAAUAGUUGUUAAGCUCAAGAAAUUUUCUUUUCCCCUUUUAUUAUAAUUUUUUUUUGUUCCCUUUUAAUAUCACUUAUGAGAAAAAAUCAUGAUCCUUUUAUUUUAAGAUAGAUCUCAGACAUGGAGGAUAGCAUACAUUUUAUUGUACUAUUUUUUUCUUCCAUCUUUGAUUUCUUUUCAUUCCUUUUUUAAUUUUUUUUUUUUUUUGGUGGUCAUCUUAUCAGUUCAUUAUUCCAUCAGCUUUCUAAGAAUUUUAAUAUAAUUGUUCCCCCAAAACGUGUAUAUUUUCUUUCUUAAUGUUAAAUUACAAUCUUUCUCUUAUUCGUAACAAAAAAUCCAUAGAGCUUCAGGUCUUAUUGACAUUUUAACACAAUAUUUGAAAAAAGAGCCUUUCUGAUAUUCAUUUCCACCUUAUUUCACCUCAAUCAUGAGAUAUUUUUCAUAAUCCUCCAAAAAUCUCCCCCCUCCCUCCACAAUCAAAACUUUCAAAAUCAAAAUUGUUUUAAAAUAAAGAUGAUUCUUUACGAUUUGUUUUUAAUUUACUCUAAACAAUGCAAUUUUUUUCUCCAGUACUUCCUAAACCGUGGAUAUCUGCUAACAGUUCCAAUCCAAUGAUUGGCCAAACAUUGACCUUGACCUGCCAUGUACCUGGCAUUGUCGGUGAUGAACAAAUCUCUUGGAACAAAGACUUCAAUCCUAUAAUAAGGAAUGGCAAAAUUCUGAAUCUGGCUUCACUUCUUGAAGAUGAUGACGGUGUUUACACCUGCAGCUACUCCAACCGCUCCAACCGUGGUUACACUGACAUGUGGUUUGACCAAGUUUCAGAUCCUUACCUUCUUGCCCGUAAGAAAUAAUUUAUUAUAUAUUAAUCUCAUAAUUGUUUAAAUUCCAUAUUAGCACUGAUUCAGAUAACCAUUUCAUUUGUAUAUUCUCUUACUAAUUCCUAAUUUAACUUAGUAAUUUCAGAAUUUCAAGUCUGAAACAUUCAAAAUGAUUCUUAAAGCAAUUUGAAAAAACAAUAAGUUUCAAACUAGAAAAAUAUUUUCUGGAUAUAAGUUGUAAGUCAAGUAAAGCAACCAACACUUUUACAUUUAUCAAUAAACGUUGUUUAAAAAUGUUUAUUUUCUCUGUCAGUUUUAUCUUAGUUGUAGCGCAGAUUGUGAAUGCCACAUGGAACAUUUUUUUAUUUACAGUGAGACCACCCCUUCAGCCAAUGCUGACAUUAGAUCCGGCAUAUGUAGGUCAAUCCAACCGGUAUUACUACUAUGAAGAUGGGCCAGUGUUUAUUGCUUUCAGUGUGGACGCUACCGUUCAUCUACAGUAAUAUGUCUUCCUUGUCUUAGCCUUCUGUUGCUUGUGGAUAAUGCUGGUGAUGGGCUAAGCCAAUGAUCAAUACCAUACCUUCCCCCCACCCCCUCACCAACUUCCACGAAGAUAACAAUGACUUUUAUUUGAAUCUUUUAAGAAUCUAGCUAUCUAGCUAAAAAAAAAAAAGUAGGACAUUUUGAACUCUUAUGGGUUAUCAAAGCAGUUAAAGGCAUCCCGAGCCUCCUUUUGGCUAUUAGUUACAGUUGUAAAAAGAUUAGUAGACAUUUCCCCUUAGAAUUAAUUUACUUAACCUUAAAACCUAUAAGUUAUAAUGAGUUGAAGUUUUGUGAGUCAAUGCCUUACAUUUUAUGCAACAUACUCUACCAGCUGUAGGCCUAUACAUUAAAUUUCUCUUAAAAUUUGUAAUUCCUUGAACCAACUUCUCUUUUCUGGCAUUUUAUGAUAAAUUGGCAAAGUUUGAAAUUUACCUUAACAUAGAAACUAAUUCCUUAUUUUAAAAUAUAAUAAUUAACAUGCGUAAAUAUAUUCCAGAUUUGAGAAUUAAAAGAUAAUUUUAAAAAUCACAAAUUCAAUUUAAAAAAAAAGGCCAAUUUCAAUAUGGAAGUCAAAACAAUAAAAAAAUAACAUCAGUGCAUGACUUUCAAUAUGACUUGUAAACUGAACACCACAAAGGGGGAUAAGCCAGCCACUAAAAAAUGUGUCGAAUAAUUUUACGUGUUUUAUUAAUUUUUUACUGCAAAACAUCAACUUAAAAAAAUAUCCUAUUUUAAUUUCUUUAAAUCACUUUGAUGACCUACAUAGUGCAAAGCUAAUAAAUUGAUGAUCUCAGAUCCUCUAUAUAAAUAUUCUUACACCGUAAUUUUCUUCAUACAAACGGUUACCAAGUCAUUAUUGUCACUAGGGGAGUUCAUUGAUGGCAGAUUUCUACAUUAGAGAAAUAAUUUAGAUGUCUUGUGUUUAAAUUGUUACAAUAGUAAAAAAAAUAUUUUUUUAAAAUAUGUAUUUAUUUAUGUGCUGAAAAUGAAAAGUGUACAAUGCAAUCCAAGAACAUUUACAUUUAUUUGGAUCAAUAAAAGAAUCAUCUCAUAUUGCAUUUGUUUUAAAAAAGACAUAAUAAAAUCUAAUUUGAUUUUAAAUUAUUAAAAUUACUUUAUAUUCUUUUUGAGAAGAAAACACCAGCAGUAAAGUUAAAGCACGAUAGAUGUGAUGAAAUAUUUUAAUCCUUCAAAAUAAAUAAGAUUAUAUUAAAUCUUUUCUAAGAAAUCUGCUUCUGUACCAUUCAAUUCAUUGUUUAUGUUUUUGUUGCUGUUUAGAUGUUUCUCACAGAUGAGAUCCGUUGCUCAGUAUCAAUUGAGUAACUACAAAAUGGCAAUACCCUACAACUACGCACUGUUCUCGGCUGGGCAGCAAGUUGGAGCCAACAAAACAGGGGGCCAGUUUUCAGUUACCGGGUUGUUACCAGGGGAACACAACUUCACUUGCAUUACCAACAAUGGAUUUAGUGACUCAGUAAGAAGUUAUCCUCUCUUGGUCAAAGUAACAGGUGGGUGCAAGUUUUAUUAAACAUAGUUUUGUUUCUUUUUUUCCUUUUUGUUAAUUAAAAUCUCAAUAUUUUUAUAUUAAAGAAUAAAGUUUUCAGUAUUAAAAACAAUUGGCUGUAUUCUAUAUUGUUGUAAUGAUUGAUUUUGAUGAAUAUUUUUUUAACUUGACAAUUUUUCAAUUCCUUGAUGCUUACCCAUAUAUUUUGCAGUCAAAACAAAUAUCACCUCAUCAUCUACAUCACCUGACCUUGGCACCAAUAUAACACUUACCUGUAAUACCCUUGAUGCGUCCAAUGGAUUUGACAUUACCUGGCAGAAAAAUGGCAUUACUCUUCUGGAAACGUCUAAAACUCUAAUUCUGAGCAAUAUUAAUAAAUAUGAUGAAGGCAGAUACACAUGCAGGCAGAAGUCUGGAGUUUGGAGUCUCGAUGCUAGUGAUGCUUAUCUGCUUGAAUGUAAAUGAUUUUAUUACAUCUUAAGUAAUUUAAAAGUUAAAUAAAAUUAUAUUUUUAAACUAAUUUUAAGGAUGCUGCAAUAUUGAAAUGCUGAUUGCACAUUUUCUUACAGAAUGUUAAAAAACAUAAAUGUGUUGUAUCUCCUGUAAUAUUACUUUUAGUGAUGUAUUCAUUGUUCAAAUGUUUUUAAGUAUAGAUCUAAGUCUAAAGAUUAUAUAUAUUUUUAGAGAUUGAAAACAUCAUGCAAUAAAAUUAUAUUAUAUAAUUAUAUACAUUUUUUACCACAGUUGGCUCAAGAGCAGUGAAACCAGAAAUCUUUACUUACAGAGACACUACAGUAAUUGUUGGAUGGACUGUUAAAGUUUACUGUCUCUCACUGAGCACAACUUCCUUUAAAGCAGUGCUUUAUAAAAAUGGCCAGCCAGUUUCUAGCAGCACACAGAAUAGUGUUGAUGAUGGUGGCCAGAUUUUGUUUCUCUUCUCCCUACUCUCUGUAACAGUUUCUGAUACUGGCAACUAUGCAUGCACAGUGGAGAAUGGGAAAGGAGUGUCUGAGCCUAGUGAUUCAUUGGCCAUAAAUGUUGUAGGUGAGUUUUAGCUGUAAAACAUCUUUUAAAAAAUUGAAUGGUUGGAUCUCUUGGUAACAAAGUGUAUCCCAGAUGAGGUAAUGUUUUGGUUUUACAGGCAACGUCAAAUAUAAACGGUAAUAUAGUCAGGACUGCAUUCAAUCCCUGUCAAUAAAGAGGUAAGAACAUGAUAUUUGACAGCUUGAAAGAAAAUACAAUACAAUCAAAGGGGUUUUUUAGGCUAAAAGCCUAUAUUGGCAAACAACAGUAAAAAAAAAAAUUGAGCCAGAAUGAUCAAUAAAUUGAUUGUGGGCCCAUAAUAUAUGGAAGAAGAAACAAAAGAUUCCCUUUUGAUUCUAUAUAAUAUGUUGUUUAGUGUAUUGAAUUUAGAAUAUUUAAUGCCUAAAUUAUUAAAUUAAUUUUUUUUAAAGUAAUUUGACUUCAGUGAUGCUGUGGUAUUUAUCAGUUGAAGCUGUCAUAAUUAAUUCUUGAAGGUGAAGUUGGCUGCAAUGCUGGUUACUUUAAGAGCUACGUGGCAAGCUGCCAACAAUGUCCUUACGGUUCCUACCAACCUGACAGUGGGAAAACUGAAUGCAUUUCUUGUCCAGGAAAUUUGUUUACCUUAAUAAGGGCUGCAUCAAAUAUUUCUCAGUGUGUCGGUAAGUUGAGGACAAAAUAAAAAUGUUAACAAAACUAAGACUAAUAAAUACAAUCGUGUUUUAUUCUAGUUUUUGCAGACAUUAAAUGAAAAUAGAAUCAUUUUGUCUGCAUAAGUAUUUAACGGUAACCAUUAGGCCUACAUCAUGAUUUAUUUAUAAUUUUUAAAGCUUAUGCAAUACCAUUUGAGCUAUUUUUAGAAAGGAAUAUUUUUAUAUGUGUGUACGUUAUACCCACUAAUAAUGAGUUUUAAAAUAAUUUAAAGAAUUGUAAGUUUAAGUAAUUAAAUACAUGCAAUUUACCAAAUUGCACUACUAAAUAUUUAUUAUUUAUGUCGUAGCUUUAAAACAAUAUUUUUUUUUUAAAUUACCAUUGUGAUAAUAUCAUUUUGCAAUAAUUUAGCAAUUUCUGAUGGGAAACUUCUUUAUCUGAGAAUCACAAUAAACAUGUCAAAUGAGGAUUCCACUGAACCAGAUGUAAAAACAGCUGUUAGAAGCACAGUGAGUGUUUGUCUCAGACUUGUAUUAAUGAUGUCUUUCAAAGCCUAAGCCUGUAACUGGUCAACUACCAUGAGCCGCUUAAAGCGGCUCGGCAUUUCUUUCGUUAUGGCCACGAGCCGCUGGUAGCGCCAAUGUUAAUAUCGUAGUAAAUCGAGUCAAGUAUUUUUAUUAUUCCGUUCCCGUUUUGCUUCGAGAUUUUAAUUUACCGACCAGAUGUUUAUAUUUGAAACCCAUGCUAUCGGCAGAAUGUUUUGAAAAACGAAAUGUUAAUUAGUUUUGAUUUAAUUUCCUAGCUAUUUACAAACUUGUACAUGUUUACCGCGCAACAAGUGACAUGGUUACUAAAGGCUUAUACGUGAUUGGACGUGUAAAUAUUUUUUAAUUUCUGUGUUCUUUGGUUCAUUUUACUUAUUAUUAGAUAUACUAUUUCGAAACCACCAAAUAAAAGGCUUUAAAGGAUUAGGAAAUUUGAAAUGUAUUUGUAAGUGGGCACAUCAAUAUAUUUUUUAUUGUUUUUCUAUUGAAAAUACUAAUUUACCAAUUAAUAAUUUCCUAACAAAACUUACCUUUACAAAUUUUUAAAGUUUAUAUUAUAGACAAUUUAAUUACCUACAAAAUGGUUUAUUAAUCAUUAGAAUAUGUUUAUAAUUAAUAAAACUGCAUCUGAAAUUGUACAUACACUUAAAAUUAGAAAAUGUGACCUAGUUUUAAUUCGCCCACAUCAGAUUUUUCAAUCUGGUAGUUAAUCAGUUAAAUGCAUUCCACUCCUAUAGAAAGUAAUGUCAAUUAAAAACUGUUUGACGGUUUUGUACCACCAAAAAGUCUACUUAUUUCUUUAGACAUUAUAUUAUUUAUAAAAUAAAUUAUAAUCAAUAUCAUCUCAAUUCAUGAAGUGUUCAUACCAUCAGUCUUAUAUACUAGAAAAAAGAAAUAAAAACUUUUCUAAUAGAAUUAUUUAAAUAAAAUGUUUCAAGUGCUAUUGAAUUGCUGUUGUUUCAUUCUGCCCCUUUUAUUUGUUUAAAGAUAUCAAAAGCCCUGUCUCAAGUGAAAGACUAUGUUGGUGCUCUGGCUUCAACUGUUUUGUAA